UUGGGUUUCUUAAAGCACACGAUCACUUCUUGUACCUUUGUCCUCUUUUCGAUUGGCAUCUUUUUUUUUGCGAGAGUUGCGCGUGACUCCUUUCCUCACUGCACAGUCUCUUCCGUCAUGGUCGACAGCACUGCAAAUGCGCUUUUCCAGCGACAUCCGCUGCAACGGCUGAGCAGUCCAUCGCGCGGACUGUCGGCUCUACUCCAUGUCCUUGGCUUGAUCAGCUUUGCAAACAGUUUUUACUAUCUGACGGUCACGAAGAACCCCAUCAACGACAGCUAUGGCUGGCACUUCCAAUUCCUCACCAUCAUUGGCCUGACCAUAUCGACCGCAUCCUUCGCGGCAGGCUUUCUCGCAGACAUAACACUUUCUCGCACACUCUUUCUUCUCAAGAACUCGCUCUCCGUCUGUUCCGCGCCAAUGGAAGUCCUCAUCUCUAUCCUGUACUGGGGUUUGCGCGCAAUCGAUCCCAAACUCGUCGUUCCAGAGUGGGCUCCCAAGCUGCCCCUGUCAGCCGAUAUGGGCUUUCACGCCGCCCCUGCUAUCUUAAUGGUCGUGGACCUGUUGUUCUUCAGUCCGCCGUGGACAAUAGCAGCGGCACCAGCGAUGGCACUAAGUAGUACAAUCGCGGGUUUAUAUUGGCUGUGGGUGGAGAAGUGCUACGAACAGAACAAGUUCUAUCCGUAUCCAAUCUUCGAUGAGGUGGGACACAAAGGCAGAAUAGCUCUCUUCUCUGGCAGCGCCGUGGUCAUGGCAUUGGCUACUAUUCUGCUUAAAUGGCUGUAUGGAAUUGUAAAUGGAACGGCCAUUGCCAAUGAGCGGCCUGGCAAAGUCAAAAAGACGUCGUAGGUUCCAGAAUUGUGGUAGAAUUUAGAUCUAGAAGCUUUUCUUGAUAAGACGUCUGUAAUGUUAGUCCUUUCUUGGGUGGGACGGUGAUUUAGUCAAUACAUAUGGCAUUUUUGCAUAAUGUUGAGCUAUAGACCAGACAGCACUGCUUUCAAUGUCUC